AUGGAGGGCAUUGGCGAAAGCCUGUCGCAGGUGGUCACUGCCUCGCAGAUGGCAACACCGCCCCCAUCCGGCGGCGAGUACUGGUUGCUGGGAGUCGCCCUGGCCGUGGCUGGCACCCUGGUGGGCACAAUCGGCAAACAGAUGAUUCGCCGCGCAGAAAUGUACAAACAGGACAAGCAAGACCGCGAAAGCGCCAUCUUGUUCUAUGUGGGCCUGAUGCUGCAGGUGGCCUUGAACCCACUGUGCGACAUGGCCGGCUAUGCUUUGGCGCCGGCCACGGUGAUUGCGCCGGUGACGGGAAUGGACAUCGUCUGGAACACGGUGAUCGCUCCGUGCUCUCUGGGUGAGAAGCUAACCUCGCGGAGGCUACUCAGCACCUGCAUGAUCUUCUUCGCAGCAACCGCUUCGGUGCUUUUCAGACCGAUCAAGCAGGUCGAGUGGACGACCGAGUAUGUGGAGACGGUGUUGCUACAGAACCGCACCCUCUUCUAUGGCCUUUGCUUUCUGGCUUGGUUUUUGUGGAACGUGACAAUCCAAACGCGCUACGAACGGGGAUCUCCGAUCAGGGGCUUCUCGCUCGGAGCGACGGCAGGCUCCCUCGCUGGUAACAUGUGGUGCACGAAGAUCACGGCAACACUGGCAGGACAGUGCGUAGAAGGGAGCUGCGAUGCCUGGGACCAUUGGGUCUCCUGGGCUUGUCUCGGUGGAGCCAUUUUCUUUUCGACCAGCAACCUCUAUUACAUCUCCAGAGGCAUGCAGCAGCACGAGGCUUUGUUCAUGGUGACAGUGUACAUGGGCUCGAACAUCGCCACCAACAGCUUGAGCGCCAUCGUGGUGCUAUCAGAGAUGGAAAACGCUCCGUGGUGGAAGUUCGCCGGUUACAUCGCCUGCAUUCUCUUCAUGAUGGUCGGCAUGGUUUUGCUCACCUCCGGGGAGAAGGACUCCGAGGCCCGCGAAUUGGAGUGCUCGCCCUGCGUGGAGCUGGCCGAGGCUUCGAUGCAGGGCCACAGCACCAGCGUGCAACUGAGGCCCACACCCAGGCACCGACUGCGCAUCCGUGCAAACUCCGAGCUUUCGCACAAUCACUCGCAGCAGGCUGUGGAGAGAUCUGUCGCAGAAGGUGCCAGCGUCAAUGCGGUGGAUACCCACAGCUGGAGUGCCCUGCAUUACUCUGCGGCCUCCGGCCAGCUAGAGGUGUGCAAGUUUCUUCUGCAGCAGGGCUGCGACAUCAACAGUACCCUGAACGAUUUCUCCACGCCAUUAAUGCUGGCAGUGGAGGAGGGCCACUUGAAUGUUGCCCAGCUCUUGCUGACCAAUGGGGCUGUCCCAUGGUGUAAGGAUGAGACGGGCUUCACCGCCAAGGACAGGUGUGACAAGAGCAUCCAGGCAGAGCUUCUGCAGCUGCUCGCAGCACCGGGCUACCGAAAGGUCGAUGCCGAGGCCGUCCGCGUGUGA